AACUGGCUUGCUGGAACAACUGGCAUCCGGGGAGGACAGAAAUCCCCACCAUCACAAAAGCAUCUAAAUUGGUUCAGAGUCGAGUUAAACCCACAGUUCCCACCUGUCUUGAGGCAACUUCUACAUUGCUCUGCCUCCACAUUCCGCUUAACUUCAAACCCUUGAUUUAACACUUCACCAACACUCAAUCCAUGAUUCACAAACCUUUUGACCGCCAUCUCCAUUACAGGAAUCACAGCACUGAUAUUGCAUGAUCUCCUGAACUCUUCAUUUCCCAACCUUGUAUUUGGAGAUACAAAGUAAGCAUCACUGGGGAUUUUAUCAACUGGGCAGCGGAAUUGAUCUUUGGACUGCUUAUUUGGAUCACUUGUUGCGGCACAAUCGUACAAUAUGUUGGCGUUUUUGUCGUUAAGGUGUAACUGAAGAGACCGGAGUCCAUGGAGGUGUUAAGAAAUAUGUCCGGACAGAUGCUUUUGGAGAAAUAUGUCCGGACAGAUGCUUUUGGACAGAUGCUUUUGGGUUUGGAUAUUGGAGGGUUGUGAAAUCAAACCCAAGGGAACAUGUCAUUCGGGUUUUGAAUGAUUUUAAGAUUUUCUCUUUUUUAUGGACCUACUCACCCACCUCGAGCAAUUUUUUCGAUUUUGAAGUAGAGAGUUUUUCUAUUUCUUUUGAUUUACAAUCGAGAGACACGCAAUCAAGAUUUGGAACACUAACACCAAGGUACACAGCUUAUAAAUAUUCGAUAGAUCUCAGAGAUUUGUGUGAAAGUAUGCUUUUGGUUUCAAAGUAAGUCUGCUAAAUUUAGUGGUUUUGGAUGGUGGAUUAAUUUUUGUUGGGCUACGUGUUUUUGGUAUGGGAUUGCUAUCCUUGUAUCUUUGAUUUUGGUGAAUUGAAGCAGGGCUAGAGUUUCUUUUGGUCAUGCACAUAAAAUGCUCGAUCACAUGCCUAUGUGGGGUUUAUGGGUUUUCAUGACAUACAGGAUUGUGACAGGGCUUUUACAAAACAAGUAUGGGGUGUUCUGUGAGGGUGGGAUGUCACGUACAUUACAAUUGAAGGAUCUUUGGUGUUAUGUUAAAAUUCAGAUUUCUGUUAGCUAGGACAGCAAUAAAGAGGGAAGAAAGGGCAGCAUCAGUAACAGGAGUCUAUGUAAGACUAAUUAUGCACAACAACAAUACCAGGUUCACUCUCCACUUAAGGUUUAUUGCAUUGUUAUGUGUUGUUAUGCGCUGAAAUGGGAGACUAAUUGUUUAUAAAAUCUAGCAGGGGAAUGCUCCAUCAUGUCUUGUUCUCUGGUAUUGGCCUUGACAGUUUUUGUUUUGAUAGUCCUUUGCUUUGUUUUGAGAUGUGAAUUCUACUUGUAUUAUGAAUUUAGGUAUCCUUUGUACUCAUUUAAUAAAAUUAUGGAAUUUCC